AUGUCCAACAAAUCGGAAUCCGAAAGCAGCACCGAGAGUGUCUGGGACGAUGAUAACUGGACUGAAGGCGACUUUGAGAUCAUCACAUCGGACAACGUCCGGUUCCGCGUCCCCAGCUUCCACCUCUACUCGUCGAGCUCAGUUUUCCGCAACGCGCACAGUGUUGCCGGUGAGAGCGACCUCAAGAUCGUGUUCAUGGACCCCCUGUGCGAGACCGCCGCCGUGAUUCACCUGUACCUCAGCCUCGUCGUCGAGGGCCGUCUUGUCACCUUGUACAAUCUGCCGUUUGUGAAGGAGCUCGCCAUCUUCUUGGACAAGUACGGCUGCGACCAGGCACGCAGCUUCAUGUGCUCCAGGAUUGAGAAUGCUGUGCUGAAGGGUGAGAUCGACGCUCACGCCGGGUUCCUCGUCGCCGCCAAUGCCUCCAACAUCCCUCUCUGCCGCCUCAUCCUCGUCAGGCAAGCUAACCAUACAUGGAAACGAGACAAGGGUCGAGGUUCAGAUGAGCUAAUUGCUGGAAUGGCUGGAAAGAACGUCUGGGACAGCAACUACUGGCCAGCGUCGACAUGGAACAGCGGGAUCCCCCAAGCGUACUUGUUCGCCCUGGCACGCGCCUACGGCAGCUGCGAUAUGUCUUCUGACAAUUCGCUCGCCGACGAGUUUGAGCACUACCUCAACCUUAUUACGGACUAG